GCAGGAAUCUCCCUUCGCAGGGCUCCAGUUUCAGGAGGAAACUGUGUGGUUCCUCAAUUCGCAUCGAGGGGCGGUGAUGGUGUAGUCCUUCCCCACCCCGGUGCUACAUCCUCUCCUGCCUGCCAUGGGGCCUAUCGGGGGUGGAUGGCGAAACAUCCCAGGUGAUUCCGAAGGGGAAGAUGAAGACGUGACCCACUUUCCGCAGCCGGAGACGCCCUCAGAUGCGUACAACCACUGGAGGAACAAUGUCGGGUUCUGGUUGCUGGGACUCUGCAACAACUUUGCUUACGUGGUCAUGCUGAGUGCUGCCCAUGACAUUCUGAGCCAAGAGAAGGUGCCAACAGGCAACGGAACUAGUCCGACUCCUCACAGUGCCAAUGCUUCUCGCUAUGAUUGCAACGCUGUCUCUACUGGGGCUGUGCUCUUGGCGGACAUUCUGCCCACCCUCCUCAUCAAACUCAGCUCCCCUUUUUGUAUCCACUUGUUCCCGUAUGGCUUGCGUGUCGCUAUCUGUGUCAUCACAGCCUGGAGCAGUUUCUUGCUGGUGGCCUUCUCAACAAGCACAGCCCAGAGUAUUGCAGGUGUCGUGUUUGCCAGUAUUUCAUCUGGCUUGGGUGAAAUAACAUUCUUGGCACUCACGUCUUUCUUUAACAGUGCCGUGGUGUCGGCCUGGUCCUCUGGAACAGGAGGGGCUGGCCUGAUAGGGGCUCUUUCCUACCUUGGGCUGACACUGGUUGGUUUCAGCCCUCAGCACACCCUCCUCCUCAUGACUAUUGUUCCUGUCAUCAUGCUGGCCAGCUAUUGCUUCCUGUUGGCUCCACCCCCCGAGGCCCCCCGCUGUGGCUGGGGGGCUCUUCCACAGACAUCUCUGCGUAACCCUUCUUUGACAGAACAGCCACUCUUAGGGCAUAAAGCUACACUCCAAAGCAACACACAAAAAACUCAGCUUAGCUUGCUCGAGAAGGGGCAGGUGGUCAAGGGUCUCUUGAAAUACCUCAUCCCUUUGGCUAUAGUGUAUUUUGCAGAAUACUUCAUCAACCAGGGGCUGUUUGAGCUGCUGUACUUCCGCAACGCACCUUUCUCUCACCCCCAACAAUAUCGCUGGUACCAGAUGCUUUACCAGGCAGGGGUCUUUGUCUCUCGUUCCUCCGCCAGCUGCAUUCGGUUUCGGCACAUAUGGAUCCUUGCCCUGCUGCAGUGCGUGAACAUGGUGUUCCUCUCAAUUGCUGUGACCUACGUGUUUUUACCCUCCAUCUAUAUUGUUUUCGCCCUGAUACUCUACGAGGGGUUGCUGGGAGGAGCUGGCUACGUGAACACCUUCCACUGUGUCAGUGCAGAGAGCAAGCCGGAGGAGCGGGAGUUUGCCAUGGGAGUUGCUUGUGUAGCUGAUACAUUGGGCAUCUCUCUUUCGGGUGUCAUUGCCAUCCCUGUCCACAACUAUUUCUGCCGCCUCCCCUGAGGCCUACUUCCGAGAAGAACCAAUAGAUGCCUUGGCAUACCACAUCUUUGCUCCUGAGCGGUACCGCACCCAGCUCUAAGGAGGGGAAGAAAAUGGACUUCUAGUAUAUGCCCUGUUCUGGCUGUGAAAUGAGUACGAGCCCCCUAGGUUUUGGGAGGUUCAACGUUUACUAUUAAUUUUCCUGACUACUUGAUUUGGGGGACCAUUUUAUUUUUACUGAGCCUUGGUAGGAGUAUAUAUAUAUAUUGCACAGGAGUCGUGUGGGGGCUUAAUCCUAACAUGCAAAAUCGCCACUGGUUAGAAAAUCAUGUUAACUCAAUUCUUGGAGAGGACAUGUUUUAAUUUGCACAUGCAAGCUGCAAAGCUGGGGAAUACCUAGUAUACACAUAAUCAGAAGAUAUUGAAGAGAUGGAGAGUGCAGAUACUAAGUACUAUUCAUAGGUGACCAUGAAUAGGAGGGAAAGAAGGUGAUUAGGGCGAGACACGACUCCAGACCAGAGAGAGCGAUGGGUAAUAGUUUUGCACAGUGAUCAAUUUCUGUCUCAGACGCAAUCAAUAAACCAGUCUUUGAAAGGA